CUUCUGGUCAGCUAAAUUAUGACUCCGACUUGAACGCAUUUGAUGUAGGAAUCUCUUGCUCCAUACAAGAUUUGAUUUGUGGUCCCCCAAUUUUUCUAAGUUUGAUUCCUUGGGAGUUACAAAACUUUAGAACAAACAUGUUGGACGCUAUUAAAAUUCUCAUCGAUACUCCACCUUCUACGCCAAAUCUGGUCUCUCCAGUACUUGACCAACACACUGAAGCACAUGAUCAAGCACCCAAGGAGGAAUCAAGCGUUGACUCACACGUUGGAGAUGAAGUGGACACCGGGCCUGAAGCAAUAAACAAAGAUGACGAGAGGUCUAAUGUUGUGGAAAAAAAUGAAUGUCCUCUUGCAGAAGAUGUUGCUAAUAUCGACAAGCCAGAUUCUACUUUUCAGGAAUUUUAUACCACAGUUGGAGUGGUCAUUCCAAAGCAUGAUGUUCCAAAAAGUGUUGAUAAAGUGGCAGAUACAGAUGGUGCGUCGGAGUCAGAGCUCGUCGGCCCUCCUCCUUCGCUGAACAGAUCCAGAAGGUUUGUUCCAGUCCAGCUUCGUCCGUCAAGCUUCGUCCGUCCAGCAUCGUCAGGUCUGUUCGUCCGCCGACAAGUCAGCCGUCUGUUCGCCGCUCGUAAUCCACAAUUCGGGCAGAUUUCUGUCCGUUCUUGUCUAGAUUCGCCGACAUCGAAUUCAAUUCCAGCAGAUCCGCCCAUCCAGAUGCACCCGUCCGUCUUUUCCAGCGAUCCAUCCCAACAGAUCCGCCCGUCCAGCGAUCCGCCCAGCAGGUCUGUCCCAGCAGAUUCGUUCGUGCUGUCUUCAUCGACCUCCGUCCUUCAGCCGUCAAUUUCAGCCGGCUCUUUCACCCUUCAGCGGUCAAUUGCAGCAGAACUCUCAAAAAAAAAAUCUCAUACCAUGGCUGCCGAAUUGUGUGGAGAUAAAAUGCUGCAUUACAUUAUUAAAAUGGGCGCCCCGACCGAACAAGCCGCCGGCGACUUCAUUUUCCGGUCAAAGCUCCCGGACAUCCACAUCCCCAACCACCUCCCUCUCCACUCCUACUGCUUCCAGAACAUUUCCCAACUACGGGACCGCCCCUGCCUCAUCAACGGCUCCGACGACCGGAUUUACACUUACGCGGAAGUGGAACUCACGUGCCGGAGAGUCGCGUCCGGGCUCCACAAGCAGGGGAUCAACCGGGGCGACACCGUCAUGAUCCUCCUCCCCAACUCGCCGGAGUACAUCUUCACGUUCCUCGGCGCGUCUUACGGCGGCGCGAUCGCCACAAUGGCCAACCCCAUGUUCACGCCGGCGGAGGUGGUCAAGCAGGUCAAAGCGUCCAACGCAAGGCUCAUCGUUACCCAAGCCUGCAACGUCAACAAGGUGAAAGAAUAUGCAGGGGAGAGAGAAAUCAAGGUGGUGUGCACAGAUGCGGCGGUGGACGGGUGCCUCCACUUCUCGGAGCUGGCGGGGGCAGACGAAGGCGAGGCGCCGGCGGUGGAAGCUGAUCCGGAGGACGUGGUGGCGCUUCCGUAUUCCUCCGGGACGACGGGGCUCCCGAAGGGGGUGAUGCUGACGCAUAAGGGACUGGUGACCAGCGUGGCGCAACACGUGGAAGGGGAAAACCCUCACUUCUACCUCCACGGGGAGGACGCCCUCCUCUGCGUUUUACCCUUCUUCCACAUUUACUCCAUGUCCAUAUUUCUCUGCGGGUUGCGGGUCGGGGCCCAGAUCCUGAUCAUGCAGAGGUUUGAGAUUGCCCCGUUUUUUGAGCUCAUACAGAAGUACAAAGUUACCGUUACGCCCUUGGUCCCGCCCAUCGUUUUGGCCAUUUCUAAGAGCCCUUUGGUGGACGAUUACGACCUUUCCUCCGUUCGGGUUGUCAUGUCCGGGGCCGCCCCGCUGGGUAAGGAGCUCCAGGAUACCCUUAGAGAAAAAUUCUCUAACGCUAGAUUUGGUCAGGGAUAUGGAAUGACAGAAGGUGGGUCGGUGCUGGCAAUGGGCUUAGCCUUUGCAAAAGAGCCUUUUGAGAUCAAAUCUGGUUCGGUUGGGACCGUUGUUAGGAAUGCGGAGUUGAAGAUUGUGGAUCCUGAAACCGGGUCCUCUUUGCCCCGGAACCAACCCGGCGAGAUUUGCAUUAGGGGUCACCAAAUCAUGAAAGGAUAUUUGAAUGACGAAGAGGCGACAAAAAGAACAAUCGACAAGGAAGGAUGGCUACACACGGGAGAUGUAGGGUACAUAGACGAGGACGACGAGCUAUUCAUCGUGGACCGACUCAAGGAGCUCAUCAAAUACAAAGGCUUUCAAGUCGCCCCCGCUGAGCUUGAAGCCUUACUCCUUACCCACCCUCUCAUUUCCGAUGCUGCUGUCAUCCCCAUGAAAGAUGAAGAUGCUGGAGAAGUUCCAGUUGCUUUUGUUGUUAAGUUGAAUGGGUGUAACAUCACCGAGGAUGAUGUUAAAGACUUUGUCUCUAAGCAGGUGAUAUUUUACAAGAGAAUAAGGAAUGUAUUUUUUGUGGAGGCAGUUCCCAAAUCUCCAUCAGGCAAGAUACUAAGAAAGAACCUGAGAGCAAGACUUGAAGCCCAAUGAAUAACCCACCAAAUUACUUCUUCCAUACAUCUGUGGAUCAAAACCUGUUGACUUUUUGUCUUCAGAUCAUCACAUUCUCUUACAAAUAUUCGAUUUCCGAUGUUGUUGAUAACAUUAGUGAUAAAAGAUUUGUACGGAGUAUACUCCAUCUGUCCCGAUUUAGGUUUCCACUUUCUUUGUUUUUUUUUUAUUUUUGAGAAUUACGGAGUAGUUUUCUUCUUUCAUGUACUCUUCUUCCGUCUCAAAAUAAGGUCUCUCAUUUGGUUUGACGUAAAAUUUAAGUAAAGUAAAAUUGUAUGA